UCGUAACUGACAACGCUUUUAAUGUCGUUGGUGCCAUAAAAAUACUUGCAAGCUCACCAAAUUGUGCUGGGUGGCGUCACGUUCAUUGCUUCGCGCACACGCUCAGCUUGAUUGUAAAAGGAGCAAUUGAAAAAACUCCUGAAUUCUCGACCAUUCUCUUACGUGCGAGAGCAAUAGUGACAUUUUCCCAUCAAAGCCAUAAAGCAACUGCUAAACUGGCAUCUUUAUGUAAAAACCGAACUAUUAAGGUCUUAGCACAAGACGUGGCGACGAGAUGGAAUUCUAGCCUCAUAAUGAUUCGGUCGUUGAUUGAUCCUAAAGAAUUUGUUCAAGAUGCGUUGCGCUCCCCCAUCAUUGAUCGACGUGAUUUUGAUUUGGAUGACUUUGAAUGGGAAAUACUAGCCAACGCGGUUGAAAUAUUAAAGCCGUUUGACGAAUUAACGAAGGAUCUAUCUUCACAAAAUUACCCGAGUAUUUCCAAAGUUAUUCCAUCGAUUGUUUUGAUAACAAAAUGGCUGAAUAAUAUCAACAAAAACAUCUACGUUGACUGCCUUAAACAACUUUUAACAUUUCUAAUUACGGGGCUUAAAGAAAGGUUUGAAGAUAGUCAGAAAACGUGCACGCAUUCAACUCCUCACUUAAUUGCCACAUAUCUGGAUCCCAGAUUUAAGAAACUGGAUCUCUAUUUCAGUAGUGUGGUUUCCAGUGAGGCCGAGAAAAGAACAAGAAACCACAUCGUUUUCAGUUCAGAGGAGAGAGGUAAAGAUAGUCAGCAAUUGGCAGCUCAACCUAUGCAACAAAACAAGUCUUCGAUCUGGGAAGGACACGAUGAAGCUUUCGCCAUGUCAAACGCCAACAUUACUGCCCAAGGACCAAACAGAGAAGCCAACAGAAUAAUUCUGACGGAAGAAUAUAACAUCUUACCGCUUCAGCCUCGCAACUCGGAUCCUUUGCUGUUUUGGAAAACUAAAAGAGACGAAGGUCAGUUUUGGCCAUUGAUAAAAGUGGUCACCAAGUUUCAAUGCAUACCGGCUACAUCAGUUCCAUGUGAACAACUUUUUUCUUCUGCUGGGGAACUAGUUUAUGAGGAAAGAAACAGACUCUCUCCUGACAAUGUAAACAUGUUGCUGUUUCUGAACAAAAAUGCAUAGGAAUAUUAAUACGACUUGCUUCCAUGUGGCAGAAAAAACUGUUUGUUACCUGCUACAAUGAUAUAAAUGCCCAAAACAUCCAAUUCAGGUUGUCUAAAUCACGCCAAAUGAAUUUAAAAUAUUUUCCUGCAAUAGAGCAGUAAAACAUCCUGCGUUGCGCGUUUUCCACAAAUGCGAAA